UGGAAUCAAUUUUGAACAGCUGUUCCACACCGUGACGUCGCAGCGCAUGCGCACAACUUGCCCUGCCAACUGUGAUAAUGUGAGUGAUCCCGCUACAUUGAAUCCAAGUGAAUCCGAGUUAAUGGAUGCAGGAAACUAUGAUGACAGUUACAGGGUUGGAGGGUUCUCCUUGUCCCAUCUCAUCGCUGCCUUCAUUGUGACAGCAGUGUUUGCCUUUGUGGUGUACCUUCUGUGGGACUGUUCGUGCAAACGGAAGAAGGAUGAGGAGCGGCACCGUCUGAGUCCAGAGUCCCACAGGAUUGACACAAAGACUAUGUACGCCCUGGAGCUGGAACCUGGCGUUGUUCUCCUACAGAGUCAGGACGGCGAGUUCUUCAGGAUCCUGCACGAGUACGACGCUGUCAAACACGCACGUGAUUAUGGAACAGCGCCACCUGGUGGUGUGGCUUUGCAAGGGCAGACGAUCCAUUAUAUUCCCAACUACACCCGUGCUCACAUGCAGACCCAAGCGUCUGCCCCCCAACCCGCUGAAGAGCUAAUGGUGUGGGACGGCCAGACUUCCCCUCCCCCGUAUCAGUAACAGAAGACACCAGUUUCUCACCUUUAUUUUUCCUCAU